AUGUCCAAAUGCGCUGCGGCUACAUUGAAUGACGACACACCUACUGCGAAACGCAUCAGAAUCGAUGAAGGGAUUCAGAUAGCACCCCUAGCAGAUGAGCGUGCAUGGAGAAUUUUGGAAGAAUUCCUUACCACCGACAUGACGUACCCACAGAUGGAGGAGACCUUUCUAUCGUAUCUUGAUGCGCUGUUCUCUGGUGACAGGGAUGACAAGGCUGCCUUGGACAACCUUUGCAUUGUAAAGGCGAAGCAUAUACUUCCGGCUUCCCGUGCGCACAAAUCUCCUACUAUGGACAGGCGAUUGUCUCUGUCGCCUGUUCAACCUUCAUGUAGACCACUCAAACAACCGAAGUUGAAAAACCCCUACCUCGAUCUAGAUGCAAAAGAUGACGAUGAAGAGGAGGAGGAGGAGGGGAACAACAACAACGGCCCCUCCGAGUCAUGCAAGGUGAUGCACUUGCCAGGAUCUUCAUCGGCUGCUAGGUUUGCUGCAGUCAUUGAUCACCUCGCAAAUAAAUUCGAGGACACACAGAACAACUCAUCACAAAAUCAACAGCAGUCUCUUCCCUCCUCAAUAUCUGGUUUGAUCACUUCGGCUUCAGCUCAAUCACAAGAUGGGAGAAUGUAUCUUCUCCAUGUCCAAUGCAAUGUCACAGACUACAUUGCUCAACAUCUCCGGAAGGAGAACUUCUGUGUUGUGGUGUCAGCUUGGCUAGCAGGCCAGCUGUACAUAGUGGUGGACAGCCCUAAAACCAUCGCCGAAUCUCUUUGUUCCUCACUUUACCUCGCCAUCAAACAAUGUCUGUAUUUCGGAUGA